AUGAUAAUGACGUCAAAUUCCGACGACAUACUGGUAGAUGUUGUCACGUUGAAGCUUCGUAUUGCUAUGUCAUCGACGGAGUACUCUGGCAGUUUCACUCGAGAAGCGAGGACGCCGGAUGCAAUUAUUAUGAGGAGGGCGAUGAGAAAUAGUGGGCCCAAGGUCCAACGGAGGCACCGACAGAGGUUUCUCCGGCGGGAUUUCAUGUCGGUGUAUUCUUCGAGUAGACAGGCGUUUUUCGUUUGCGGGGCCAUCGUGGGACGGAGACAUCUUGGCAGAUUCGUCGGUGGCCGGAGGUGA